AGGAAGGGACAAAGAGAGAGACAGAGAGAUAGAGGGAAAGAGAGACAGACACAGAGAGAGAGAAAGUGAGAGUCUGCAUACAUUCUGCCCGGGACAGGCUUGAUGGAACUGCACACAGACAUUGGAGCAUAGCCUUUUUUUCACUGGCUUCUGUCACAACUGCUACAGUGCAGUGCAUGUCUGCCUGGGGAGACCAGCAGCCGGAGUAGUACUGCACAUUAGCAGAAAAAGGAACACACCAGCCAAGGCUUAUUUACUGAAAGAAGCAGGCAUUGUUAAGAGACUUUAAUGCAUCUAGCAGUGUCUAGUCAUGGAUGACUUUAGAGUCCCUUCCAAAUAGAGCUUGCUCUUGCAUCAUGGUUCAGCAAAACCCAUCUACAGCCAUGGACAGAGAGGCAACCCAAGAAGUGUUCGUGGGGCCGGGAAGCGAGGAUGCUGAUGAGGCAUUUGGCCACAUCCCAUCCAACAAAGACCCCAACUGGUGCAAAACUCCCACUGGGCACAUCAAGAGACCCAUGAAUGCAUUCAUGGUCUGGUCACAAAUUGAGAGAAGAAAGAUUAUGGAACAGUGGCCUGAUAUGCACAAUGCAGAGAUCUCCAAACGCCUUGGAAAGCGUUGGAAACUUCUCCCAGAUUAUGAGAAGAUCCCCUUCAUCAAGGAAGCAGAACGACUGCGUCUGAAACACAUGGCUGAUUAUCCGGACUAUAAAUAUCGCCCCAGGAAGAAGAGCAAGUGCCCCACACCCGUGAAAGUUGGGGAAAAGCUCCCAAUGAAAGGCAGUAAGUCUCAGUCAGGUCGAUCCACCUGCUUCACCAGCAAAGGGCUCAGAGUCAAACCCAACUCCACCAAACACAAAGUGAAUUUCAAUGGCAAUAAACACAAGAGCUGCAGUGAGAGUGUAAGUGACGACGACACUGUGGAUGUACGCCGGGCAAGUCCAGAUACCCUGCAAGAUGAUCAGAACCAGAUGAGUCUUGUUGUCCUCCACCAGCAAGGUACCAUUCCCUCCAAGGACCAGAAACCUAUUUCUCAACUCAGAGUCAAAGUGCCCAACUCCCAGCCCAGCAGUCUCCAGAGUGUCCCCUCUGCAGCUGGGCCUCCAGCACCUACGGAGGCCAGGGCAUCUCAGCCACGAGGAUCUAACUCUGGGAGAUCUGCCACACCCUCCUCCACCAGCUCCUCCUUCGUCUCAUCGGCAUCUUCGGAUGAAGAACUGGACGAGGAAAUCCUGCAUAUCAUAUCGAACACAAACUUUGACAGCACGCCUAUGGACUGCUCCACUCUGGAUAAGGACCUCGAAGCAUUCCAUACCCACUCAGGAUCACACUUUGACUUUCCAGACUACUGCACUCCAGAGGCAUGGUACAUCAUGUUGAGUCAGAAAAAAACAGCAUUGGGCUCUGCAAAACCUUUAAGUGGGAUUCAAUAGUCACACGCUUGAGACCCAUUCAGAGAAGAAGCAGACAUCCAGCGAAAGGCAGAAAAGGUGUGAGUCUUAGUGAGACAAAGUUUAAACAGCAAGUCUGAAAUAUUCCAGAGUUCACAAACAAAAUCUUAAUGUCACUGGACAUUUGAAAUGCUGCAGCGUCAGUGUCAGCCAUGUAUCAGUAUUGAUAAAACACAUACCACUGCAAAUUUCAUGAUUGCUCAUAAGAGUAUUGCUGAUCUGCUCCGCCAAGAUAUUGUUCACAGAUUCAGAUUAAUUGUUUUUGGUCUAACCAUUUGCACAAGAGAUAUUACAGAUUCGUCAUCUAGUAUUACAGUACUGACAGCAUUUGUGCUCUGAAUCGCUGUAAGGAUGAAGUGCUCAGUUGAGUGAGAAUCAUUCUGUCUCAAGCUAAUUAAACUCUACAGCACUCGACAGGCAUACAGUAUGGCGGAGUGUCAGAAAGCUGCCAGACAGAAUCAGUGCGGCGAAGUGACAGGCGGCCGGCACAGAAUUGAUCUCCUCCUCUUUAAUUAGAUAACAGCACUUUCAUCACCUCUGCUAAUGCCGCAAGACUGCAGGCACAGUUGAACGACAGCCCUGCACUAUCUGUGUGUGUCCUUAUGUGCCCGACCUCAGGCAGUGGAUGGCGGGGGGUGGGUCCUGAGAUUUGGGGGUCAUGUCAUGGGCGGAUGGGGACUGUUUUUUCUGGGGGCUGUGCAUCUGUCCAUGCAGGCAGCGGUCUUUGUGCGCAGACA